GUCUGCCAUAAAUUAUUGAAGAAAUUAGGAUAGAACAAGAACAAAUAUCUCAUAGAAGACCAAAAAGAAAAAGAAAAGAGAUUUGAGACCGUCAUGGCAGGUGAUUCCAAAGGCGCCUCUCUGGAAUACACUCCGACAUGGGCACUCGCCACCGUUUGCUUCUUCUUCAUCUUCACCUCCCUCGUCAUUGAGCACUCCAUUCAUCUCCUUGUCAACUUUCUCAAGAGACGUAGAAAAACAGCCUUGACAGACGCGGUUGAGAAGCUCAAAUCAGAGUUGAUGCUUAUGGGAUUUGUGUCACUUUUAUUAGCAGUAACCCAAGAUUCGAUAUCUAAAAUCUGCAUACCUGCCAAGCUCGGAAACAUCAUGCUUCCAUGUCGCAGAAAGGAAACAACCGAAAAAACAGACGACGUCGAGAAAUUUGUGAUUGUGAAUAAGAUUUUGACUUCGACCGGCUCAAACAGUUUGCAUGAUGAAAUACUAAGGCAAAUAUCAGUGCAUAGGCGACUUGCAGAGGAGGGGGAUGCAACUGCUGCAGAUUCUUGCAGUGAGGGAAAAGUACAUUUCAUGACGACAGAUGCUCUUCGUCAGCUUCACAUACUUAUUUUUGUGCUCGCAGUUAUGCAUAUUGUGUACAGUGUUCUUACCAUGGCUCUCGGGAGGGCCAAGAUGAGGCGCUGGGAAGCUUGGGAGCAAGAAACUCGAACAGUGGAGUACCAAGUUGAGAAUGAUCCCAACCGGUUCAGAUUUACCAGGCAAACAACAUUUGGAAGAAGGCACAUGAAUUCUAGUUCGGAAACAUCAUUUCAUCUGUGGAUGAGAUGUUUUUUCAGGCAAUUUUAUAAUUCAGUGGCAAAAGUUGACUACAUCACCAUCCGACACGGCUUCAUUGCGGCUCAUUUGCCAAGCAGGCAAAGCUUCGAUUUCCAAAAAUACAUACAGCGAUCGUUGGAGGAAGAUUUCAAGAUCAUGGUUGCAAUCAGCCCUUUAAUGUGGUUUGUGGUAGCCAUUUUUAUGCUCGUCGAUGUGUAUGGUUGGCAUGUAUAUCUCUGGCUAUCCUAUGUUCCACUCUUGGCCGUUCUGGUUCUAGGAGCCAAACUUGAGUAUGUCGUUGCGAAAAUGGCUCUUCAAAUUAAAGAGCAGAACAGUGUGAUCGUUGGAACACCACUUGUGCGAGUAAACGAUGAUUUCUUCUGGUUCAGGAAACCUAGAUUUGUCUUGCUGCUGCUACAUUAUACUCUAUUUUUGAAUGCAUUUGAGUUCGCUUUCUUCAUUUGGGUUACGAUCCAAUUCGGCUUCAAAUCUUGCUACCACGAGCUCACAGUGAGCAUUGUUACGAGAAUUUCCUUAGCGGUGACUACUCAAGUCCUCUGCAGCUACAUCACUCUUCCUCUCUAUGCACUUGUCACACAGAUGGGUUCACAAUUCAGGGGUAAGAUAAUGGAACAUAACAUGGCAGACAUUUUAAAGCAAUGGCAUGCUGAAGUGAGGAAUAGAAGGAGAAAGCAACAUCAACUUCUGCAAUCAGCACGAACAUCAUUCUCCGCAGAUUGGAGCUCUGUGAGGAAUAGCUUUUCAGAAAUGCCUUCUUAUAUAAGAAAGGUUUCCAAACCAGAUGAACCAGCUGAAAGCAGUGUCCAGUUGUCUAACAGAGGGAAUGUACAAGACGAGAUAGUAGAACUAGAUGGAAGCUCAAGGGUUUAUGGAAGAAAUGGAGAUAAUGGGACUUGAAUAGAAUCAGAAAGCUAUAAUAUCAGUAUAUAUAGUAUAGGAAAAGACUUCUAUUAUCCUAUUUGUUGUAAAUUGAGAAACCAUUACCACGUUUGGUUCAAAUUUGGUCUGACUUUACACUAUAUCUCUAUACAAAAUAGUUUAGAAACUGAAUUAUUAUUUAGAAGACUUGAUGCCAAUUCAUUUGGAAUGCACUAAUGAAUCCAAGGUUUCAACCUAACAA